AUGCGUCGAAUAACAAGGAUAGAUAGGUCGAUUGACCUUUUACGUACCCGAUCGAUAUCACAAAACCCAUAUGCGUACCGCUGCUCGGCAUGCAGAAACCAAACAUCCUUAUUUUCCACUUCUUCUGUACGAGGGGCAGACAAAGAAUCAUUCAGCGAGCGAGUGCGACGAAGUCUGUUCAAGCAAGCCCCCUCCACAUCUUCAGAUCCUCCCACUGUGGCUAGUCAACUGCCAGCGCAAGAACCGGAACGCAUAUUGGAAGAAGAUGAGAUAAUAGCAGCCGAGGAUGCGGAAGAUUAUCAACCGGCCGAGAAUGGGAGACUCUUGGAAGUGAUGGGUGGUGACGAGUUAUCGUGGGAUAGUAAAUUGGAUUCCAGGUAUCCAUACAAAGUUUUCAUUCCACAAAAAAAGGUCGAAGACGCUGUUGAAGCGACUGCAGCAUUACAUCGAGCUGUAGUCGAAGUUUUCGCCUUAAAACAUGCUGGAAGGCCCUUGUCGGAGGUAUCCCAGACUGAGCCGGGUCCUGAUUUAACUGGAAAUGUACAAAUCGAACGCGCGGCCUCGGGUACCGUUCUAAAGUUCUCCAAAGAUUGGUCCCUGAUACAGUUAAUUCAAUCGUUGGCACCCCCCCAAAAACCCAAACAAAACCGUAAAGCUCUCCUCGCUGCAAACUCUUCGAUUGACGAGACUGCAGAAAAGAGUACGCCUACCGAGUCUGAAGAAGAUGUAGCUGCCGAUAGGUCACCAAUAGAUCCUUUGCAUCCAGAGCCUACACCAAAGCUUGAUGAGACGUUGGAGAAAGGGAAUCCUACCGAAUCAGAGGAAGAUGUUGCAGCGGAUCGGUCAACCGUGGACCCGUUGAAGGCCAAUGUUAAAGCACCCGUCGCAUCCUGGGGAAAUUCGUGGCUCCAGGUUUCUCUUGCCAACCCAGCGAUUAAAUUUGCUGUCGUGAAACGCACAAUCCAAUUAACAGGUAUAAGAAUACCUGACAACGCCAUCAACUCCUCAAGUACGGUAGAGAAGCUUUUGCAACAUCUCAUCACCCCACCCAAACCUCCAACUCUGAAGGAAGCUUUAGAACAGAAAGAUGAGUUACUGUCAUUACCAAACGUCAGCGUAUUCGGACAGCGUAUUACACCAAUCGACAAGGAACGAAACCUUGGAAGGUUGAAGGUUAUUAAGAAAGAAUUGGUGGCUCAAGGGUUAACCAGAGGAUGGGCGAGGGCGAAGACAAGUUCAUAA